AUGGGCAAAGUUGUUGGGGACAAGAUUGAAGCUAGUAGCACAAUGAUGGUUCUGUCUCUGUUAGUAAAUCCUUCAAUUACAGAGCUAUGUCAGUUAGAUGUAUUGGGGAUUCAAGAACCCACAGAAAAGAAAUCCAAGGAGGAAAUAGCGGCUGCAGCAAAAGAUUUGUUUUUGCAAACGGUUACUGUGAAUAUCGAAGGAAGAUAUCAGGUCAGAUUACCAUGGUUGGAUGGACAUCCUACAUUGCCAUCAAAUUUCAGUAUCGCGAAGAAACGACUAGCGACAACGGUGCGCAAACUAGAAAAGGACAAUUUGAUUAUGCCAUACAAUGAAGUUUUUCGCGAAUGGGAAUCUCUAAAAAUAAUUGAACAAGUGAAAGAGGACAUCAAUUAUGGUCAUUUUUUGCCACAUAGACCAGUUCUUAAGGAAGGUUCUACGACUGCAAUCAGACCUGUAUUUGAUGCCUCAGCUCAAGAAGCAGGCAGUCCCUCAUUAAAUUAG